AGCUGAAGAUGUCAGCUCGGUCAUGUGAUCAGCUGUGUCCAAUCGCAGCUGAUCACAUGAGACAGGUACACUGAUCAUCAGGGCACUGAUGAUCAGUGUACCCUGAUGAUCAGUGUGGCCCCAAAAGUGCCUCCUGUCAGUGUCCAUCAGUGCCAGCUUCCAGUGCUGAACAGUGCCACCUGCCAGUGCCCAUCAGUGCCACAUCAAUGCCACAUAUCAGUGCCUACCUGUGCACAUCAGUGCCCAUCUGAGCUGCCUUUCAGUGUCACCCAUCAGUGCCAGUCAGUGCCACCUAUCAAUGCCACUCAGUGCCGCCUAACAGUGCACGCCUGCCGCCUUUCAGUGCAUGUUAUCAGUGGCCAUCAGUGCAGCCUCAUUAGCGCACAUCAG